UAGAACAAAUAUCUGUCAAUUCUAUCGCCAUUCACUAUAAACCUAUUACCUAUUCUAUUGCGCAUAAUCAUUUUAAUAGCGACACUCAAUCAAGGUAUUCAGAAUCAUAUACCUUUGUUGUCGCCUGAAGCAGUUCUAUCUUCUGAUAAGACCGAAACUGCAUAAUUGAUAUUCUCGUUUUUUUUCCUCCUUUGCGAUUCUAUACCAUUAUCGGCUCGAAUAACGCGGACUUAUACAACCCCAAACCCGACAAACAAGCCAUCCAUCUAUCUCAUCCGUUUGCAUCACCCACCGACCUUUUUCCUUUUUCCAUGUCACCAGAUGAACGAGCGACCACGAUAAUUACGAUAUCGCAUUGAAUACCUAAACCAUCUAACGUAACGGGCGAAUCGUAUCGGCUGAAUGUAUCGAUGACGUUGACACACGCGGCGGCUUAAAGCACGAGCGAAGAAGUGAUUGUGUCGUGUGUGCUGUUGUAUGUGUGCGCGCGCGCGAUAGAGCGUCGCUAGAGGUAUAAGGAAACAGAAAGAUAGGAAAAGAUCGCGCGCGCACAUAUACAGUUUCUGUGUAUACGUGUAUGUUUGUAUGUGUGUGUUGCGCUACGAUCUUUGAGGUUUAUCGUAAGAAGAAGAAAAAACAAGAUUUUUGUGACUCAAGAAGAAGGAGAAAAAAAAGACGAAACCAAUAGGGAUUUAGCUCGAAGAGAGCAAACAGCUAACAUCGUGAAAAUGGAUCUACGUGCCAUGUUAAACGACCCGAACGGGGGCGCGUCGAGAAACCAGCAACCUCCUCAACCGUCUUUACAACCACCAUCGUCGUCGUCGACUUCAAUUUUAACACCAUCAGCUUCAGCCACGCCGACUACUCCAGCUCACGCCGGCCCACCACCUCAAACAUUUAGAGAUUAUAAUCAUUCUACUCAAGCAUCUCCCAUUUCGCAUCCUCACGAAUAUCCUCCUGUCGGCGCUCUUCCUAAUCAUCCUAAUCAUCCUAAUCACGCGCCGGGAUCCGCUGGCCCGUAUCAGUCACCGACCUCGUAUAACCCACCUCCAAACGCGUUCAGCGGUAGACCCCCUGUUCCUCCUCUUCAACCUCCAGGAUCGCACGAUUUACGGUCACCAGGAAGUGCCUCGAUAUCAGGACCAUCACCAUAUCGACGCACGCCGACUUCAUCCAUUAGUACCGCAAGCGGCGGUUAUCCAUUUCCCCAGACUCAACAACCACCGCUAAGCCCAGUGCAAGGGCGCCAGUACGGCCCACCGAGUGCGGGUGCUGGUCCGGGUGUUGGCCCGAGUGCAGGUGGUGUUGGUGCUGUUCCUGGUGCUUCUGGAUCUUAUUCUCGCGAUAGUUACAGUACGCAACACGGUUCUAUAUCAUACGCACACGGUCAACAACAGCAACAACAAUCACAAUCACAACCACAACCACAACCACAACCGCUACCACAAACACCUCCCGUUGGCACUCCUGGUGGUAGUCAGCAAUAUUUACACCAUAGAUCACAUUCUAUCCAGUCAACUCCUACACCUACAUCCGCACAUAGUCAACCACCCUCAUACGGGCUCCCUUACGUUCAGGGGAGCCCCAUCGCGACGACGCAUCCUCAUCCACUCCCUCUCGAUCAGCCGCAACAUCAACUACAAUCGCAAGCACAAUUUCAACACCAACAUCAAAAUCAAUCUUCCCAACCCCCGACGCCUCUCGGACAGCCUCUGCCCGGACCACCAUUACGUCAAUCGCCAGCAGCGACUUACCAACAACCACCUAGUCCGUACCAAAAACGCCUUUCCAUGUCAUACCCUCCCCAGACGACGCACGCAUCGCCUAAACCACACCAACCUACACCCAUCCAGCGCAUGUCUAGUACUAGCAGUCAUAGUACUUACGACGCAGUUGCGGAAUCUCACCGCGGGUCACAGUCUCGAAGCGAACGCGACAGAAGCAUGAGUGUCUCACCGAAAACACGUGUACCUAGUUUACCCAGCAACGGCGGUCAUCGCCCCCCGUCUACUAGCAGUGACGCAAAUCCUUACCAACCUCAAUCGCAACAUCAAUCUCAACGUCUCACACCAGCUUCACUUAAUAAUACUAAUAAUAUUAUGGAGCCCCAACACCAACACCCUACUACCCCGGCAAAGCGAAAACUGGAGCAUCGCGAUCUCGGACCCGAUGAUCUCGAGAAUGACCGAAAAGCUCCUCCGCCACCUCAGAUGAACGGCAACCAUGAUCCUCCACUUGCUAAGAUGGCACAAGUUUCUGGUCCUCCUAAUUUCCAGCAGCGAAAACGCGCCAAGUAUGUCCAACCUCCUGUCUGGGCACACAGUGGCAAAGAGCGCAGUCAGAUCAUAGCAAGAAGUCGUAAUUUUGCCUUGAAACAUCACGGUCGUCAACAAGCCAAUGCUAUCGCUUCAGUCAACGGAGGUAAUCGUAACGAUGCGCCAGGAAAUAUCAAGUCGGAGCACGUGUCCCGGCAUGCCUCACCAGAGACCACGCGCUCUACUACCGGUGUAAAAUCGGAGGAACCUAACUAUACAAAUACCAGGGAGCCGUCAACAUUCAACGGCCAACCAUUCCCAUGGGAGCCUAGUAUUGGCAACGAAACGCCAAAGAACAUCGUCUCUCGUGAAGUCGCGGACUUCUUAGGAAUUCACGUGUUGCAAUUUCCUCAGAUCGAAGAGGUCCAGAGCCGAGGCGCGCAGUUUGAGAUCGAGGCUAAGCUUGGUGUCAUUAUUGACAAGCAGACCAACGACCGCAUCUUCUUCCCCGAGAUAAGAGCCGGUGAAUGUGUGUUGAAUGGUGGCAGGGUCGCAUUUCGUAGUUCAAUGACCGAGCAUCAACACUGCGAGCUCAACAACUACUUGAACGACCAAGUUAAAGCGUCAUUCCCUCGGAACCCUACGGCAGCUAGUCGCGUCCAGGUUCACUAUGUACAUCGCAAGGAGGUCGACCGAUUUUUUGAGCUCAUGCCCCAAAUACGUCAACGAAUCCCCGGUUGCAUUUCCGGUCUCCUCCCACCGAACAUGCCUAUCAAAGCACGUGUCACAUACGAUUCUCAGAAGCCUGAUAAGGUGUUGGCCAAGAUCGUGAAGGCCCGUAUUGCCGACCUAAAUAUACACUUCCCGCACCUACCUUUAGACUGCCGUAUAAGUAUCAACAUAGAAUGGGAUUGGGAUGGCCCGGCAGAAGAGAUCGAGCGCUUCCAGAACCCGAACAAGGAGCGACCGCCCGAUCGAAUCAAGGAUCGAUUAAGCUACAAGCACGGCUUCUACCAGAUCGACCUGACACAGGUGACACAGGGACACCCGACGUCAAGCGGACAACUGGUGCAACCGCAUCUGGGCGCCGCAAAGGAGCAUGAACUCGAAGUUGAGUUGGAGGCCCGCCCACUAAUCGAACACGGCCGUAUGCUCAUGCGACGAGAGCCGAACCGGUACGAGGACCUAGUCGACGGUCUGGUCAAUAAUGUGCGUCUGCUAGCGAGACAGUGUCCGCAGCAGCCGCAGUAAGCGCCUUAACCACCAGAAGGAUGGUCUAGGUGCAGAUAGACGGGAGAUUUGGGUGGUUGGGAGACAGAAAGUAUCUGUUAUGAAAUAACUUUACGCGAUUAGUAAAUAGUGGGUAACGUCACGUACUCAAUUCUUUCUAAGUAAGACGAGAAUAGAAUAGGAUGGCAGUGGGAAAAGCAAAGGACUUCCUGUUAUUUCGAUUUCCUCAGAACAUGAUACCAGUUCGGAGUCGGGCAAUCGAUACGAUGCCGGAGUUUGCCUAGUCAGUUUGCGUUAUUUUCCGCCAACGACGUCGAUAGCAUGGCAUGAUGAAUUAAAACGCGAGACGGCCUAUUUGCCGCUUUUCCAUUCAUAAAA